GAUUCUUUCAUCCAAUCAAUCAAUGAAGACAUUGUCUCUUCAAUCAUUCAUUGGUUCGAUGUCUUCUUGUUAUUCUACACAAACUUUCAAUUAUAAUGAAGCUGCUCAUAUUGGAGCUCUUUUUACUAUAUUGUUUACAAGUUUCGCGGGAACUUCUCUUCCUGUUGUUGCAAAAAGAUAUCCUUCACUUAGGAUUCCUUCCUUUGCUUUAGAUGCAGGAAGAGCUUUUGGAACUGGAGUAGUUAUUGCAACAGGUUUCGUCCAUAUGCUUCCACCAGCAAUAACCAAUCUGAGCAAUCAGUGUCUUCCGUAUUUCUUCACCAAUACUUAUAAUUCUCUUGGAGCUGCUGUCGCACUAGCUGCAGCACUGAGUAUCCAAUUGUUGGAGAUGUCUAGUACUGUGAUAUUGAAUCGAAUGAUAUCCAAACGCAAUAUUCAACAACCAACAGACAACUGCGAAAUUCCAAGCAACUUGCAAUCUCUAUCAACAGACAAGGUAACUACAGCUGUACCUCUACUCGAUCAGUCAUCAUACGAAACUACUAUUGCAACAGCAUCAGGUUAUAAACUGAAAAUGUUGGUGAUCAUUUUCGAAAUGGGAGUAGCAUUUCAUUCAGUUAUCAUCGGACUCAAUCUUGGAGUCAGCACAGGUUCCACAUUCCGUACAUUGUUUGCUGCCUUGGUAUUUCAUCAGUUCUUCGAAGGAUUCGCUAUAGGUACGACUGUUUCGGAGGCUCAAUUUGGUAUUUGGAUAACAGUAUUCAUGAUAUUAUGCUAUUCCUUGGAGACUCCCAUUGGAAUAUCCAUUGGCAUGGGUAUCGCAAAUAGUUAUCAGGAAAAUUCAACGGCAUCCUUAAUAACGAGAGGUAUCCUAGACGGUGUUUCGGGUGGUAUUCUAAUAUACACUGGAUUGGUAGAGUUGUUGACUUAUUGGUUUACACGCAAUUCUCAUUUCGUGAAUCGCAACUCUCUAUAUAUAUUUAGUAUCAUAGGGUUUGUCUGGUUAGGUGCCAUUUGUAUGUCCAUCAUUGGAGCGUGGGCGUAAUAAAGUUGAAAGUUUGUGAUGCCAAAAGAAGGGCUGUCCCAGUCUUUCUC